AUGACAGACCCUAGAGCACUUUCCGGUGCAUACGUUACCAAAACACAUCGUUCUACGAGCUACGACUUCAUCUCACCCCUCAAGUUAGAUUUUGCUGGCAAGCACGUCUUGAUCACAGGAGCAGCUUGGGAAGAUGGCGUUGGCUUCGCUACAGCUUCAGCAUUUGCUCGCGCGGGCGCAUCUGUCAUCGCGAUAGCUGAUCUUCAUGGCAUCUCUGACCACAUCGUGGGAAAGUUAAAGCUACUUGCUACGCAAGCGGGACGACCUGAACCCGUGGUGUUAGGAUGCACAGUCGACAUCUCAGAACUACAGAGCGUACAAGCACUUGGGGAUACUCUAUCUAAAGCCUUUGGUGGCCGUCUAGAUGUCGUGGUCAACAACGCAGCGCAUCAAGAACCCCAAGUCCCAUUCCUCGACUCAGAUCCUGAAGUAUACUGGCGAACCUGGGAAGUCAACGUCCACGGUCUCAUGAACAUGACACGCGUAUUCCUACCUACACAACUUCAAUCCAAAACCAACGGCGGGUUAUGCAUCAUGAUCAAUAUCGCCUCCUCAGGUGCGCUAUCCGUUCGUAGCGGAGGCAGCAGCUAUCGCAGCUCCAAACUCGCGGUAUUGAGAUGGACUGAGACGUUGCAGAUGGAAUAUGGAGAGCAGGGCCUCCUGACACUCUGUGUUAAUCCGGGCGCAAUCAAGACGAAGAUCACAGAGGGCUUGAUGCCGGAUUCUGUGAGAGAUAGGUUUCCUGAUAAGGCGGAUGUAGCUGGAGAUACGGUUGCUUGGUUGGCUGCUGAGCGGAGGGAGUGGCUUGGGGGGAGGUAUUUGAGUUGUGUGUGGGAUAUGGAGGAGUUGAUGCGGGAGAGGGAAGGAGUUGUGGGGGAGGAUAAAUUUAAGUUGAGGAUGCAAUUUUGA